AAAAAGAAGACAACAACCAGAAAGAAAGAUUGCAGUCAAGUCGUUUGCGCUCUUAAGCUUAAACCUUGUCCCAAAGCCUGCCCUCUAUCUUGCGGAUAUAUCGAUUCGCCGGAUCCAUGCUGUCCGCUUUUAGGCAAGCCUGUUUGUCCGAAGCAUUAA